GUAUAAAAACAAUAUCAAUCAAUUAGGCGUAUCGCAAACACCUCAAGACUUUCGAAGACUCCAGAGGUUUUCCCCUAUCGAUUCGUUCAGUUGCAAAAUUGUACUGUCAACAGAGAGACACAAUGAAAGUUAUUCUAAUUUUAACAGCCAUAGUCGGGUUGGCAUCGACUCAAAGAGAAGAUUCUCUAAAUGUGGUAGAUGUUAUGUCGCUCCUUCCCACAGCGUAUCGGGAUCUACAAACUUUCGUCAUAUCUGCAGUAGCUGAUGCCAAACACAACAGUUCAGAUGCGAUCUACGAUUUUCAUAGAGAAGUGUAUCUCGCGAAGGACACUUUCCUACGGUCAGCCGUCAAUAUGGAAGUGAACACACUUUACCAAUUGAACAAUCAACCACUACAAGUGGAUGCCGGCUGUCUGACCCUUCUUCGCGGAAGUGCCGAUUUGAACCUACAGGUUUCCGGUGUUGGAUUCACGAACUGCAUCGUGGAAGUCGACUCACGAUUGAACGAAGAGAUUCAACAAGUGUACGAUCAACUUCAAGUGAACGAAUCUUCCUAUGUUCAGUUCAGCCUGUACGACGCAUUCGUGGGUCGAAAUAUUUUCCAGAACCCUCAGGAUAUUACCGAUCAGUUGUACCUUAAACUGGCCCAAUUGCAACAAACUCCAACUGAACUCGUGGCUCAGUUAAACUCCUUAGUCUCAGACUUCAGAUUGCGAUUAGAUGUGGCUCGUUCCACUUAUCGACAGUGCUUAACGGUCAAUAAUCAGGUUCUGCAGACGGCAAAUGAUCUAAUUCUGAUUCAGCUACAGCAAAUUUGCCGAGGAUCCCUGGUGUCAACACCCACUCUGACUACACCGGCUCUUACAACGACACAAGUGCCGCAAGAUUCUCCCGCUGGCCCACCGACUGUGCAAGUAGAUGAGUUCAACAGCAUUUAGAAAUUGAUGAUAGGUGCUCUACCUUGAUAAUUUACAUCGCAAUGGCAAAACCACUUUUGCGAUUGCCCAAGAAACGCUAUUUGCCUCAAGACAAGUAGCAUUUCAUCAUCAAUAGUGAAUUAAAUAGUGAUUAAUUGACGAAGCUUCUGUGACAAAAGUAUGUUCGAGAAAUAUACAUUCAAAUUAUUUAAUGAAA